AUGAGCGCAGCACGGUCCCUGGCGGGGUCGCUGGAGGCGGCGCUGCACGGGCUUGCGCCGCCGAGCGCGCGGACGUGGGAUGGCGAGACGCUGCUGCGUCUGCGUACGUGUGCGGCGCUUUCGAGCGCGCUCGCGCGCGUGCGCAGCGCGGAGCAUACCGAUGCAGACACCACACGCGUGGUGCUGGCGACGCUGCGCUACCUCGUCGACGCCCUGACGCAGGACGCGGGCGCGGUGCGCGAGCUGCAGUGGUACUGGGCGCAGAUCGAAGAGUCGCCGUGGCAAGGCACGGUGUACUGGGUGCAAACCCUCCCCGAGCGCGUCGGCAAGAGUGUCUAUAGUAUUGCGCACCGCGGGCUGCCGCGCAGCGCGCUCGUGACGCUGCGUGGCGUACGCAUGGAAGCGCACGCGCGGGGCGCGCGCCUGAGCGAGGCGUACGAUGCGCUCGCCGAGACGCUCGGGUCGGUCGCACUUGCGUGGCACGCCAACGAGCAGGCGAGCGACGUCCAGGCGCUCGUGCACAAGGUCGCCAAGGCACUCGGCAGCGACGAUGCCAAGGCGGCAUCCGUCGAGGACGCCGCCUCGGUGCUGCUCGAUGCCGUCGCGCGGCACGAGAGCCGCGUCGCGCGCCUCCUGGCGAGCGACGCGUGCGGCAAGCCGUCGCUCCUCGCACGGACCUGGCCGCUGCUCGUCGCCUAUCCGCUCGUCUCGAUCGGCAUCACGCAGUACGUCUCGGCGAACUGGACGUCGAUCGUCGAGCAGCUCACCCAGGCCGGUGCGACGCUGCGCGGCCUCGUGAUUGGGUGGGUGUACGAGCCGGCGAUGCGCCUCCUCGACACGGUGCGCGCCGGUCAGGCGGAGCGCCGCAUGAUCAUCUCGCGCGACUCGCUCGCGGCGGACCAGCACAGCCUGGAGCGGAUGGUCGCCGAGCUGGGGUCGGACAAGCUCAAGUGGCGCGACGGCGCGAUCGCCAACGCGGUGCAGCGCGUGCAGCACGGCGACCUGACGAGCGUCAUGGAGCUGUACGAGCGCGAUAUCCGCACGCCGCUGCGCUCGCUCCUCGGCGGCAGCCUCAUCCGCACCGUGCUGAUCCAGGUGCAAAAGGCCAAGGUCGACCUCGAGGUCGCGCUCAGCGGCAUCGACUGGCUCCUGCGCUCGCAGGAGCUGCUCAUUGGCUUUGUCGGCCUCGCGCCGGCGCUGGCACUGGUCUACCUGCUCUGGACGCAGGGCGUGCGCUGCGUGCGCUCGCUCCUGUACGGCGAAGCCUCGGUCAAGGUGCAGCGCACUGUGCGCGACGCGCGCCUCGGCGCGUGGGAGGCGCUGCGCCGCGUCGACGCGCUCGUCAGCCGCGGGGAUACGGCCGGCGCAAAGGGGUACGGCUUCCUGCUCCUCGACGUCGACACGCUGCGCACGUCGUUUGGCACGCUGGUACCGGCCGCCGCGCGCGACCGCGCCGUGUCGUCGCGCCUCGAGGCGGAGAUCGCACAGGACCUCGGCGUGCUCGAGGCCGCGGGCCAGACCGCGCUCCUGCGACGGUCGACCGCAUGUGGCGCAGCUGGUCGUGGCUACUGGCUAUGA